GUCAGCUGAAGAUGGCGGCUUCAAUGUGCAGAGCCGGUGGUUUUGUCGGCAAAGCCCUAUUGCGGGCCCACUCGCCUGCAGCACUAAACCUCAAGAGAAAUCGCAGUGUAGUUUCCUAUGCCCAGGCAUUGCAGAAUAUUCCAGAGACCCAGCUCAGCACUCUGGACAAUGGAUUGCGAGUUGCUUCAGAGGAAUCCAGCCAAGCCACCUGCACUGUUGGUGUGUGGAUUGGCGCAGGCAGUCGUUAUGAGAGUGACAAAAACAACGGUGCAGGAUAUUUCCUAGAACAUCUGGCAUUCAAGGGAACAAAGAAACGUCCCCAAGCUGCAUUGGAGCAAGAGGUGGAGAGCCUGGGAGCUCACUUAAAUGCAUAUACCACUCGUGAGCAGACUGCUAUAUAUAUUAAAGCACAGUCCAAGGACCUUCCAAAGGCUGUUGAAAUAUUGGCUGAUGUGGUUCAAAACAGCAGUUUGGAGGAUUCUCAGAUUGAGAAGGAACGACAAGUGAUACUGCGUGAGAUGCAGGAAAUUGAUAGCAACCUGCAGGAAGUUGUUUUUGAUUACCUCCAUGCUACUGCUUACCAAGGAACAGCUCUUGGCCGCACUGUUGUUGGUCCUUCUGAGAAUGCCAGGAAUCUGAACCGAGCAGAUCUUGUAGAUUAUGUUAACAGCAACUUCAAAGCCCCUCGAAUGGUUCUUGCAGCAGCUGGAGGAGUAAGCCACAAGGAACUCUGUGAUCUUGCUCAGCGACAUUUUAGUGGGCUUUCCUAUGAAUAUGAGAAAGAUGCUGUCCCAUUGCUGCCACCUUGCAGGUUCACUGGAAGCGAGAUUCGUGCUAGAAAUGAUGACCUCCCACUUGCUCAUGUAGCUAUUGCUGUGGAAGGGCCUGGCUGGAACAGCUCAGAUAAUAUUUCCCUGCUUGUAGCCAAUGCUAUCAUUGGUAACUAUGAUGUGACAUACGGAGGAGGAAAGAACCUUUCCAGCAGAGUUGCAAGUGUGGCUGCUGAACACAAGCUCUGCCAGAGUUACCAGACAUUUAACAUUCGGUAUUCUGACACUGGGCUCUUUGGGAUGCACUUUGUUACCGAUAAACAUAACAUUGAAGAUAUGCUGCACAUCGCCCAAGGAGAAUGGAUGAGCUUGUGUACCAGUGUAACAGACAGUGAGGUGGCACAAGCUAAAAAUGCCCUGAAAACUGCCUUGGUAGCACAGCUGGAUGGAACAACCCCAGUGUGUGAGGACAUUGGACGGCAAAUCUUGAGCUAUGGCCAGCGCGUCUCAUUGGAGGAACUGAAUGCAAGAAUUGACGCCGUUGAUGCUAAAAAAGUCAGUGAAAUCUGCUCAAAAUACCUGUAUGACAAAUGUCCUGCUGUAGCUGGAGUCGGUCCCAUUGAGCAGAUUCCUGACUAUAACCGUAUCCGCAGUGCCAUGUACUGGCUCCGUUUCUAAACUGCUUGUAACCGGAUUCCCAGCCAAGUCACCUCCGCGGCUCUUUGCAUUGCUGGAUGUUUCAGAGGAAGGAAAGGCAACUGCACUUUAUUGUACCACCCAGAAAUGUACGGCAGCUUCUGUCCAUUUGCUACGAGUUUCCUUUCAUUUCUCUACGAAUGCACCAGUCAGAAACAAGCCUUUCUGUGUUGUGUUCUGAAUUGUGCAAAAACUGUAACAUCACAAGCUGAAUAAAUGUAACUUAAAUGUAAGACAUUUUCUAUAUAA